AUGUUCCGAGACAGAGUCGGUAUUCCCUUGACCCUUUUUGAAGAAUCGGGUGCUGACGGACAUGUAUUGACUGCUAUGCUCUCUGAGGUUCCGCUCGUGACUCUCGUUCUUGAGCUGCUUCCCCGUUUUGAGAGCAUCAAUGAGCGCUCUAGUCUCAACACAGGCAUUGACGUCUUGCCUUUUACAGUACCCCUUGCGUUGGGAUCUGCCGUGGUCGGUGCGUUAACGGUGGGAGGACGAGUGGCACCCUAA